AUGGCUGGGGAAGUCAAUCCUGAUGAGGUGGACUUCCUGGAGGAGAAAGAUCUUUACAAGAUCCUUGGAGUGCCCAGAGGCGCCAAGGCGGACGAGCUGAAAAAAGCUUACCGCCAGAAGUCCUUGAGAUACCACCCUGACAAGAACCCGUCGCCUGACGCGAAGUUCAAGUUUCAGAAGAUCACCGAGGCUUACUCCAUCCUCUCCGACGACAAGAAACGUCUGAAGUAUGACAAGUCCGGUGACAUGGACUUGGAAGACUUUGACAUGGACCAGUUCUUGAACAUGUGGGUGGGCGAGAUGAUGGAAGAUGGCGGCGUUGUAGACGACAUGAUGCAGUCGGUCCUGCCAUGGCGCGAUGACGACGAAAAACUGCAACAAUUUAUGGACGAGAGGGUGGUCCCGGUUGGGGCCAAGCUUCGAUGCCAAAUUUGUGAGCAUGUCGGCUCCAACAAGCGACUGAUGCUGGUACAUUUCGAGCGGAAACACCAGUACGACUGUGAAGAGUGGGCCAAGGAGACCAUCAGAAAUAUGAAGCUCUCCUUUGAAUCCUUCAUGAAGCAAGUCACCGGCAUUGGAGACCCUUCUGGCGAAUUUCUCCUGCCGGAUGGCACGAAGGCAGAUGUCUCUAAGGUACCUGUGCCAGACAUCCGUGCCCACAUGCAGAAGAGGGUAGACAAAGCAAAGGUUUUGGACCAGGUGCUCGAAAUGUACCGAGCGGUUGCCGGUUCUGAGACUCCUGCAAAUGAGGAAAGUCCCGCAACUGAGGAGCUUGGCGCGGUCAAGCAGAACCCUGCUUUCGUGCCAGACCCGAAAAAGCUCUCAGACAUUCUCGGAAUUUCUCUCGAGGUAGCUGAGGUGCUGAAGGAUGAUAAGCCUCGCCUUCUGCGUCGAUUGCAAAAGCGGAUUGACGAGCUUAACGAGGCAGGCAUGCUGCAAGAUUACACGAUUGAUGGAUUAGACUCAGACGAUGCUCAUACGGUCGAUGCCGUCCUUUACGCUGCAGAGAAUGUUUUUAAUCAGGAAGAUGACGAAGAAGAGGAGCACAGCAUGCGGGGUGGUUGA